UCCCCAUCUUUGCUCUCUCUGGCAAAUCACCGCACGUGUCCCAGCACCGGCAUGUUUUAUCCCGUUGAGACCGUUGAGAUGGCAGCACUUGGCGAGCGUCGCGGCCAGCGAAGACGGAGAGCUAGCCGUGCGCUCUUCUUCCCUUCCUACCCCAUAACCCAUGACCGCCUUUUUACAGGGCUCCUCCCUCGUCCUCCAACCCAUCAAACCCUUGAAACCCCACCUCCCCCGAAACCCUAGACUCCCCCGUACGUCAAUCAGUAUCUGCGUGGCGGAGCCCAGGCCCAUCAAGAACGGCGGCGGUGGAAGAAGGAGUUCCAUGGAGGCCGGCGGCGGUGGCGCCCCUCGAAGAAGAAACCCUAGAAAGAGCUCGUACGGGACCUCCCGGAGGUCGGUCAUCAAGAAGUCCUUCGCCCAGGAGCAGGUCGUGUUCGCCAGCCCGGUGGCCAAGGAUCCCGCGGUCGCCAUCAUCGGUGCGGGCAUUUCGGGGCUGGUCUGUGCUUCCACCCUCGAGGAAAGGGGGAUCCGUUCCACGGUCUUUGAUACGGAAAAUGUGCAAAUCGAUUGCUUUCAACAUCCGGUUUGCCGCUGCUAACAAGACAGAUGAAGAGGCUGAAACUGAGUGCUGUCUGGGCACUUCUUGCAGCAUUUAAAGAUCCACUUUCAAUUCCUCAUAAUGGAGCUUUUACAGACUUUGAAGGAGCUUUUGUAAAGGGUGUUGAUUCUCUUUCAUGGAUGGCCAACAACACUAGCAAACUUUUUCCUUUACAUGGUGACAUGCCUCAGUGUUGGACGUUUUUCAGCACGGCCGCUUAUGGAAAAAGGAACAAAGUGCCACAGGAGAAUAUCCCUAAAGUCACAGCAGAAAAAGUAAAGGAGGACUUGCUUAAUGAUGUAGAAUUUGCUCUUGGACUAUCCAAGGGAUCACUUCAACGUCCAUUUUAUACACGAGUCCAACUAUGGGGUGCUGCUCUUCCAACCAACACUCCAGGAAUUCCUUGUAUCUUUGAUCCACAUGGGCGGGCGGGAAUUUGUGGUGACUGGCUACUUGGUUCUAGUGUGGAAGCUGCAGCUAUUAGUGGAUUGUCUCUUGCUAAUCAUAUUGCGGAUUAUUUCCAAAGCGGUGGAGCUUCACCUGAUGACUUUGCGGCAGGUUUGCAUAAUGAGUUUCAUGCAGUUGCUGGUCAUGAUAUUGGUCAGUUUCCUGGUUUGAAAUCUGUAAAACAAGUGCGUGAACCUCAGACAUGGGCAGCCUGAUUACAGACCAUCCAAAUACCAUUUUGAUCUAUAGAUGCAACGAAAGGCCAAAAGCAGAUCAAAUUAUGUCUCCUUGGUGACUUUCACGUCAAGACGUGAUAGCUAAAUACAUUUUCUGUGAUUCCAAUGGUCUGACGAGAUAUACUGGCUGGCACCUAUAAGUGGUUAUGUACAACAUUUCAGUAAAUCCCUGGAAUGUGAGAGAAUGAUAUUUGAAUUCAGAGUUUCCCUCUUGCUCUCUGAGAAACAGAUACUCAUGACAUCCAUAAACUUUGAUGGAGAAAUAGAUAAUGAUUAUAGA